AUGGAUACCGUUCACACUGCCGCGACCACGCGCUCUCCUUCGCCCGCUGUCGAUGCCCGCAGCCUCGACGAUAGGCACUCGGCUGAGCAUCCUUCUUCGGAAAAGUCGCUCGGACAUGCCUUCUCAGACAAGGCUCCUUCCCAGGAUGGCGAAGCCAUUCCAACGAUGGAGUACCCACAGGGCGCUAAAUUCUACCUCAUCAUGGUCUCCAUCGUCCUCACCAUCCUGCUCGUCAGUCUCGACCAAACGAUCGUGUCCACCGCAAUUCCCGAGGUCAGCAACCAGUUCAACUCGUUCAGCGACGUCGGCUGGUACGGCUCCGCUUAUCUCCUCACCUCGACAUGCUUCCAGCCGCUUUUCGGACGCCUCUACUCGCGCUUCCCGAUCAAGUGGGUCUUCAUCGCAGCUCUCACCAUCUUUGAGCUCGGCUCGCUCAUCUGCGGCGUGGCGCAGGACUCGACGACGUUCAUCGUCGGACGUGCUGUCGCUGGUGUCGGCAUGUCAGGCGCCUACUCGGGCACUAUGAUCAUCGUGACGCUCAUCAGCCCGGUCCAGAUGAGGCCGGUGCUCAUGUCCGUUGUGGGAGGCGCAUACGGUACCGGCGCGUGCAUCGGCCCUAUCGUCGGCGGAGCUUUCACGAGUCAGACGACGUGGAGGUGGUGCUUCUACAUCAACCUCUGCUUCUACCCUUUUGUCGCUGUGGCCAUCCUCGCGUUCCUCAAGGUUCCCAACAGGCCCCAGACCAAGUCGAUCAUCAACCGUUUUGUGACCAUCGACUGGCUAGGUGUGGCGCUUUCGAUGUGUUCCGUCAUCUGCCUCCUGCUUGCCCUUCAGUGGGGCGGCAUUCGAUACGAGUGGAGCAACUCCAAGGUCAUCGGUCUGCUCGUCGGCUUCUUCGUCAUCGCCUUGGCCUUUGCCGUCGAGCAGUGGUACCUUGGCGAUAAUGCCAUCAUCCCCUUCCGCCUCCACCGACAGCGUACUGUCGGCUUCGGAAGUCUGGUCAACUUCUGCAUCGCGGCGUCCUACUUUGGCCUGCUGUACUUCGUUCCGAUCUACUUCCAGUCGGUACGCGGCUCGAGUGCCAUCCGCUCGGGCGUUCAGACUCUUCCCUUCGUCGUUGCUGUCAUCGUCGCCACCACCCUCUCGGGAGGUCUUAUCACCAAGUUCGGCUACUACAUUCCUCUCCUCCUCGUUGGUACCGCCAUCACAGCAGUGGGUUCUGGCUGCCUGUACCUGCUCCGUCCCGACUCGUCACUUUCGAUGUACGUCGGUCUCCAAUUCCUUGCUGGUGUUGGACCAGGCAUCGCUUUCAUGAUCCCCUUCAGCGCCGUCUCUGCAGCGCUCGAUCCAAGCGACAUCGAGAUCGGUUCCGCCAUCGUCACCUUCUGGCAGACCCUGGGUGGGACUCUGUUCGUCAGUGUCUGCCAGGCCAUCUUCCAGAACGAGUUCGUCAAGAGCCUCGGUGCCAUCCCUGGCGCUCCGACGGAGGCCAUUGUUGCACACGGCGUGUCGGCAUUCCGCGCGUUCACCCCGUCCUCGAUCCUGCCCCAGGUCGAGCUCGCAGCUAACCUCGCAGUCAACAAGACCUAUCUCGCCUCGGUCGCACUCGGCGUCGCCGCUUUCCUUGCAGUGUUUGGCAUGGAGCUCAACAAGCGUAUUCUGCCGGCGGAUCAGCAGGCCCGAGCUGACACUGAAAAGGACGCCGCAUAA